GCCCCUAGCAAUGCCCUGUGUCCCACUUAGUAAAGACUCAGAACCCCGAGUGAGGACUGCACCAGUGGACAGAACAGCCCGGUACCAGGAUGAAGGCACUUAGGGCUAUCCUCCUGAUCUUGCUACUAAGCGGACAGCCAGGGAGCAGAUGGGCACAAGAAGAAGAUGGUGAUGUGAACUUGGGGCCAAAGAGCGACGACUUCGAUGACGAUGAUGACGAUGAUAAUGAUGAUGAUGAUGAAGAGGAGGAAGAAGAGGAGACCAACCUGAUCCCUGGAAGCAGGGACAGAGUGCCCCUCCAGUGCUACUUCUGCCAGGUGCUAGGCUUUGGGGAAAGCUGCAACCAGACCCAGAAGUGUUCCCACAGCCAGCCUUUCUGCACCACACUCAUCUCCCAUACCAACACUGACAAAGGUCUCCUGAUUACCUACUCCGUGUGGUGUACCGAUACUUGCCAACCCCUGGCCAAGACUUUGCAAGACACCCACAUCACCCAGACAUGUUGCCAGUCCUCCUUCUGCAAUACCCUACCCUGGGAACGCCCCCAAAUCUACAAUCCUCUGGGUGGCCAGGCAGACGGUCCCCUGGAUGGGGAGGCCAGACACCCUCAAGGCGGCAGUUCAAGCAGCCCUCUAGAUGAUGGGGCCAGACACCCUCAAGGCGGCCGUUCAAGCAGCCCUCUGGAUGAUGGGGCCAGACACCCUCAAGGCAGCCGUUCAAGCAGCCCUCUGGAUGAUGGGGCCAGACACCCUCAGGGCGGCAAGAUUGGCCACCCCCAGGUCGUCAAGGCUGCCCACCCUCGGAAUGACGGGGCUAGCUUACCCAAGGGUGGCAGGGCUAAUGGGCCCCAGGGCAGUGGGGCAGGGUGCCUUCCAGGCUGGACCAAAUUUGGUAAUACAGCCCUCCUGCUCAGCUUCCUCACCAGUCUAUGGGCAUCAGGGGCCUGAAGAUCUGUCCCCCUCCUACCAGGAGCCCCUGGCCUCC